GGAAUCUAUAAAUCAAAAGUUGGUGUUUGGAGGUCUGUAUCUUAGCCAGCCUGACUUGAAAUGAAAAUAUCGCAAUUGCUGCGUCGUGAGACAAAUAGAGGCUACGCAGAAUCUUGGAGAUCAGAAUUUCGGGAUUGGGGUGGGAAUUCAGAGAAACAGUAACUUCCUAGCCAUCUGCGUCCCUGGGGGAAAUGAGGAGGGUGAAGGGAUGGCAAUGAGUAAUUUUCCAGAAUUUAUUCUAUUUUUUUUCUUUAGAUGGAAAGUAAGAUUCAGAGUGAAAAUAUCGUAAUCCAGAGCAACAAGUUUAGGGUUUUGUUCUCCAAAGGAGCGAGCGAAACGAACUUCUAGCUCUUUUUGAAAGGGACGUACGAAACUCCCGGGGUAACUUUUUACGACCUCCGCGACCCGCCUCUCUCCGUUUUGAGCGGUGCGAAAAAAGCUGGGGGACCCAAUUUGGUUCACCGCGAGGGUGACGAGCAACCCUCCCGAAAGACUGGGCACCGAGUGGGAUAAACACUGCAUGAUCCAAAGAGGAUUUGUCAAUGCUAAAAAUAAACAGACCCGCAAAUGUCUUCAACAGGCACAUGGCCAGUUUCAACAAUAUUUCAAGAAUGAUUAGCACAUUGCGUGUCGGCUCCUCCGAUUGGAACGAGCAGGCGCCCUGUCCAGGGUGCUGAAGUUUGGCGCGCGCGCUGCGCUGCGCUGCGCUGCGCUGCGCUGCGCUGCCUGCCGAGGCGCUUGCCCGGGAGCCCGUGGGACCGGUCCUCCGGAUUCGCUUUCCCAGUUUUUUUUGUUUUUUGUUUUUUAUUAUUAGGAGUAAAGACCAGCACAAAGAAGAAUCAGGAUGAAAAGAUGGCCGACUUCUUGUUACCACUGGGUUCCAACAGCUUCCACCGGUUCACGCCUGAAUCCUUGGCUGCGAUUGAGAAGCGAAUUGCGGAGAAGAUCGCAAGAAGCGCCAAACAGGAAUACAGGGAACAACUGGCCGAUGAGGAAACUCUGCGCCCCCAGUUUGACUUACAGGCCUGCAAGAAGCUCCCCGAAAUCUACGGGUCUCCUCCACCGGAGCUCAUUGGGGAACCUCUCGAGGACAUAGACCCGUUCUUCAGCGAUCACAAGACAUUUAUAGUACUGAACAAAGGGAAGACAAUCUUUCGAUUUAGUGCCACACCUGCCUUGUAUAUACUUAGCCCUUUUCAUCGAAUCAGAAGAACAGCAAUUAAAAUUUUGGUACAUUCAUUAUUCAGUAUGUUUAUUAUGUGCACUAUUUUAACAAAUUGUGUGUUCAUGGCAUGGUCGGAGCUGCCUUCUUGGAAUAAAUACGUCGAGUACACUUUCACUGGCAUUUACACCUUUGAAUCAUUGAUAAAAAUACUGGCAAGGGGAUUUUGUAUGACAGAAUUCACCUUUCUCCGAGAUCCAUGGAACUGGCUGGAUUUUUGUGUUAUUGUCAUGGCAUACAUAACUGAAUUUGUGGACCUGGGCAAUGUAUCAGCCUUACGAACAUUCAGAGUUCUCCGGGCACUGAAAACAAUCUCAGUCAUCUCAGGACUGAAGACUAUCGUAGGCGCCCUCAUCCAGUCCGUUAAGAAACUCGCGGAUGUGAUGAUCCUAACCGUGUUUUGCUUGAGUGUUUUUGCCCUCAUAGGGCUGCAACUCUUUAUGGGGAACCUGCGGCACAAGUGCAUCCUCAACUUCGAGGAAUAUAACUCCACCAACGGCACGUUUGCGUCGGACCAGAAGACCUGGCAAUCCUUCGAUGAUUUUCUGAAUGAUCCAGAGAACUAUUAUGUGAGAGAAGGUACCACGGACGCUCUGCUGUGCGGCAACAGCUCGGACGCUGGUACGUGCCCGAAAGGCUACCGAUGCCUCAGGGCUGGUGAAAACCCCGACCACGGCUUCACGAGCUUCGACACUUUUGGCUGGGCCUUUCUCUCCUUGUUCCGGCUCAUGACACAGGAUUACUGGGAGCGCCUCUACCAGCAGACCCUCAGAUCUGCUGGCAAGAUCUACAUGCUCUUUUUCAUGCUGGUCAUCUUUCUGGGCUCCUUCUAUCUGGUCAACUUGAUCUUAGCAGUGGUGGCCAUGGCGUAUGAAGAGCAGAACCAAGCCACCCUUGCUGAAAUGGAGGCAAAGGAGAGGAAGUUCCGGGAAGCCAUGGAGGCCCUGAAGAAAGAACAAGAGGCAUUAGCUCGAGGAAUUGAUUCAAUGUCGCUUAGCUCCUUUGAAAUGUCACCUUUGUCGUCCAAAAAUUCCAAAGAGCGAAGAAGCCGAAGAAAAAAGAAGAAAUCUGUUGGAGCAGAAGAGGAUGGAGACGACCAGAAGGGUCCAAAAUCAGAAUCAGAAGAUGGUCCACAUAGGACGACUCUCCUGGGUUUCACUUCUGGCUCCAUGGAGAAUUCAGUGAAGCGCAAGGCCAGCCAUGGGAGUGUCUUCAGCUUCCGGUUGCGGGGCAGGGAUGUUGGCUCAGAGGCGGAUUUUGCUGAUGACGACAUCAGCACCGUCGGGGAAAGUGAGAGCCAACGUGGCUCCCUGCUCGUUCCACGGAGCGGGAGACGACUGAGCGUGCAGAGCCAAGGAAGCUACAGCUCUCCAAAUUACACCUUCAACGGGAAGAGAAACAGCUCAGUGGACUGCAAUGGGGUGGUUUCCCUGAUUGGCGGCGGAGGAAGCCCCGACCCAAUGACCCCAACGGACGUGUUGUUGGGGCCUCCGGUUAUUAUGGAGAAAGCCGGCACUGGUGACACGACUUCACCCUCCGAAGAUGUGAACAAGAAGCAGCUGUUGUCCCCCCAGCGACUCUCAGUGGAUCAGUCCGAGGAGCAUUUCCAAAGGCAGAGAGCCGUGAGUGCCGUCAGCAUCCUCACCAGUGCCAUGGAAGAGCUUGAGGAAUCGCAACAGAAGUGCCCACCCUGCUGGAAUCAUUUUGCGGUCCGGUUCCUCAUCUGGGAUUGCUGCCCGCUGUGGCUGCUGAUCAAGGAGAAGGUCAAAUUCAUCAUCAUGGAUCCCUUCAGCGACCUGACAAUCACCCUCUGCAUUGUGUUGAACACCCUCUUCAUGGCCAUGGAUCAUUACAAGAUGACAAAAGAGUUUGAGGAAGUGCUCAACGUUGGAAACCUGAUCUUCACUGGGAUUUUUACAACUGAAAUGGUCUUCAAACUCAUAGCUCUGGAUCCCUACUACUAUUUUCAGCAAGGCUGGAAUAUUUUUGAUAGCAUAAUUGUCACUCUAAGCUUGAUGGAACUAGGUCUUUCCAGCAUGGGAAAUGUGUCCGUGUUACGCUCCUUCAGACUGCUGAGGGUCUUCAAGCUUGCAAAGUCGUGGCCGACAUUAAACACGCUCAUUAAAAUCAUUGGAAACUCUGUGGGUGCUCUGGGAAACCUCACCCUUGUUUUAGCAAUCAUCGUCUUCAUUUUUGCUGUGGUUGGGAUGCAGCUGUUUGGGGACAUGUACUGCAAGAACGUGAACAAAAUCAGCACCACAGGACAGCUGCCCCGCUGGCACAUGAAAGACUUCUUCCACUCUUUCCUCAUCAUCUUUCGCAUCCUGUGUGGCGAAUGGAUAGAAACCAUGUGGGACUGCAUGAAAGUGGUUGGCCAGCCUCUGUGUCUUCUGGUCUUCUUGCUGGUCAUGGUGAUUGGAAAUCUCGUGGUGCUGAACCUUUUCCUUGCCUUACUGUUGAGCUCAUUUAGUGCCGACAACCUGUCUGCCCCAGAUGAGGAUGGCGAGAUGAACAACCUGCAGCUCGCCUUCGCGCGCAUCAACCGGGGGCUGAACUACGUCAAGCGCGCGAUGUGGGCCUUCUGCUGCAGCGUCCUUCGCCAGCCAAAAGCGACCGCCGAGAAGAAAGCCAUGAUGAAGCUCGUGGUCCAGAACCCGGCUGCUGUUCACAACUGCAUGAACAACCACACAGCAAUGGAGUUUGGCAAGGAAGAGGAGAACCCCAAGGAGAACCACACCGGGGACGAUGGGGCUGAAAGGAACAGGGCGAACCAGCAGGUGGCCAGCGACCAGAACGAUGACUUCAUGACCAACCCCAACCUGUCCAUCUGCGUCCCCAUUGCAGUGGGAGAGUCCGAUAUCGAGGACGACGAGCAAAGCACGUUCACGGAAACCGAUCAGGACAAACAGCAGCAACCGAAGGGUCAGUGCUACAAAAGCCCAGCUGUUCGGAGUCAGGCCUCUGAGAUCUGCGAAGAGUCAAGUGAGUUGAACACGGACAAGCAGUCGAAAUCCGAGCCUCCGCUCCCCUCAGUAGGGCAACCAGAGAAAACGUUUGAUGAAAUCAGCCUGUCAGAGGGAAGCACUGUGGAUCUGGCAAUCCCUCCAGAUCUUCUGGAACAGAUGCCUGAACUAGCAGAAGAAAUGAUGGAGCCGGAAGACUGCUUCCCAGAGGCUUGUGUGCGAUUCUUCUCAUGCUGUUCAGUAGACACCACCAAAUUUCCUGGGCAGGUUUGGUGGCGGCUGAGGAAAACCUGCUACCAGAUUGUUGAACACAGCUGGUUUGAAACGUUCAUCAUCUUCAUGAUCCUCCUCAGCAGUGGAGCAUUGGCAUUUGAAGACAUCUACCUUGAAGAAAGAAAGAACAUUAAAACCAUGCUGGAAUAUGCUGACAAAAUCUUCACAUACAUCUUUGUCUUGGAGAUGCUUCUGAAAUGGGUAGCCUAUGGCUUUAAGAAGUACUUCACCAAUGCCUGGUGCUGGCUGGAUUUCCUCAUCGUAGAUAUAUCAGUUAUUUGCCAGAUAGCAACAAUUCUUGGUUAUGACCACCUGUCUGCUAUGAGAUCUCUCAGGACGCUGAGGUCCUUGCGGCCCCUCCGAGCUUUAUCCCGCUUUGAAAGCAUAAGGGUGGUGGUCAAUGCCUUGGUAGGCGCCAUCCCUUCCAUCAUGAACGUGCUACUUGUCUGCCUCAUUUUCUGGCUCAUCUUCAGCAUCAUGGGAGUCAACCUGUUUGCCGGAAAGUUUGGGAAGUGCAUCAACAAGACGGAAGGCGAUGAGCCUUUGAACUACACAAUUGUCAACAACAUGAGCAAUUGUCAAAGCCUGAAUGAGACAGGAGAGUUGUACUGGACCAAAGUGAAAGUCAAUUUUGAUAAUGUGGGCGCAGGAUACCUGGCUUUGCUGCAAGUGGCAACUUUUAAAGGGUGGAUGGACAUCAUGUAUGCAGCGGUGGAUUCACGAGAGCGUGAGGAGCAGCCUGUGUGGGAGUAUAACUUGUAUAUGUAUCUCUAUUUUGUGAUCUUCAUCAUCUUCGGCUCUUUCUUCACUCUGAACCUCUUCAUCGGGGUCAUCAUUGAUAAUUUUAAUCAACAGAAGAAAAAGUUAGGUGGACAAGACAUCUUUAUGACAGAGGAGCAGAAGAAAUACUAUAAUGCCAUGAAAAAACUAGGAUCCAAGAAGCCCCAAAAACCUAUCCCACGGCCAGUGAACAAGUAUCAAGGCUUCAUUUUCGAUAUCGUCUUGAAUCAAGCCUUCGACGUUAGCAUCAUGCUUCUUAUCUGCCUCAACAUGGUCACCAUGAUGGUGGAAACGGACGACCAGAGCCCGGAAAAAGUGAACAUCCUCUACAAAAUCAACAUGAUCUUUGUGGCCAUCUUCACUGCAGAGUGCAUCUUCAAAAUGGUGGCCCUAAGGCAUUACUAUUUCACCAAUGGCUGGAAUAUCUUUGAUUUUGUCGUCGUGAUCCUUUCGAUUGUAGGCUCUGUACUGUCUGACAUCAUCCAGAAAUACUUUUUCUCCCCCACCCUCUUCAGAGUCAUCCGCCUGGCACGGAUUGGUCGGAUCCUGAGACUCAUCCGGGGGGCCAAAGGAAUCCGGACUCUUCUUUUUGCCUUGAUGAUGUCCCUUCCUGCCCUGUUCAACAUCGGCCUCCUGCUCUUCCUGGUCAUGUUCAUUUACGCCAUUUUUGGCAUGGCCAACUUCGCCUACGUGAAGCACGAGCAUGGGAUCGACGACAUGUUCAACUUCCAGACCUUCGCCACCAGCAUGCUCUGCCUCUUCCAGAUCACCACCUCUGCCGGCUGGGACGGGCUCCUCAAUCCCAUCUUGAACACCGGGCCGCCACAUUGCGAUCCAAGCCAUCAAAAUGCCAACGGCUCCAAGGGGAACUGUGGCAGCCCCGCCGUGGGGAUCCUGUUCUUUGUGACCUAUAUCAUCAUAUCCUUCCUCAUUGUUGUAAACAUGUACAUAGCGAUUAUUUUAGAGAACUUCAGUGUCGCCACUGAAGAGAGUACAGAGCCUCUUAGUGAGGACGACUUUGACAUGUUCUAUGAAAUCUGGGAGAAAUUUGAUCCCGAAGCCACUCAGUUUAUCGAGUACGCUGCACUUUCCAAUUUUGCAGAUGCUCUCUCAGAACCUUUACGCAUCGCGAAACCAAACAAGAUUAAACUCAUCGCGAUGGAUCUCCCCAUGGUCAGUGGGGACCGGAUCCACUGCUUAGACAUCUUGUUUGCGUUCACCAAACGAGUGUUGGGAGAGUCGGGGGAGAUGGAUGCCCUUAAAAUCCAGAUGGAGGAAAAAUUCAUGGCUGCCAACCCAUCGAAGAUUUCAUAUGAACCCAUCACGACCACGCUCAGGCGGAAGCAGGAGGAGGUUUCCGCCAUUGUCAUCCAAAGGGCCUACCGGAGCCACCUUUUCCAGCGCUCCCUCAAGCAGGCCUCUUUCCUGUACCGCCAAUACACCUGCCCCACGGGGGACGAGGCCCCGGAGAAGGAGGGCCUCAUUGCGUCCAUGAUGAGCGAGAACUACGGGCGGCCAAUCAACAAGUCCGAAACCCUCUCCUCCACCUCUUUCCCUCCUUCCUACGACAGUGUCACCAGAGGCACCAGCGACAACUUCCCGCUGCGGUUGACGGACUCUAGCAAAAGCGACGAGGCUCUCGACAACCCGUUGUCGCCCGACAGAGACCGCGAGUCCAUCGUUUAAACGUGUUCGUUCGGGACACUUUACAAAUAUUGUUUACAGAAUGUAAUGCUGUACCUACACAACCGUCGAAGCAGCCUUGUCAAACAUGAGUUGCAAAGGAAACCAGAAGGGAGGCGCCCCCUUUCCGAGGGGCAUGUCACUGGGUUAUGUAUGCAUACCCUUUGACCCUAUUCUUCUCAACUUUGCUCAAUGUUUAUAUUUAUAUAUGCACAGGGACGGGGAGGGGCAUCCAGCGUAAGGCCACGGCAGUGGUGUGAUUGCGGAGACGCUAGACUUCAACACAGUAAAUACUUUAUAUCUAUCCACAGAUAAAACCUGACCGCAUACUUUGAUUUUCAGGUCUUACUUAUAUUAGCGCGUUUACUUACAACAAUGUACGACCUUGCAUUCUAUACGAACGAUGUGAGAACGAUGAGAAAAGAGAGAGAGGGGACGAGAGGAAGGACUUGUGUAGCUGCUGUAGCAACGAUGUAACACUAAUGUAUAUGUUGUGAAUGGUCUUUCAUAAAUUUAUUAUAUUUGAUAUUUUUUUACUUAAACACAAAAAGAUAUAAUUGUCUCUUUUUCCACGGAGAUUGAAGAUGCUAACACUAUGGGUGAGCUAGGAAGGAGAGCUGGUUGUCCAGAGCACUACUGCUUGUCGGGGUUGUGAAUUGCAGGGCAAAAUAUUAAGACAGAAGCGUUCUAACUUUAUAUUACAGCAGAGACACUUGCUUGGAACAUGGGUGUGAGGGUCAGCAGUUUAAACCCAGGGAAAAUAGCAAAGGGAAGGAAGGAAGUGACGUCAGGUGGAGCACAAUAUGGGCUGGAACUUAUUUUUAUUUUUGUUCUAUCCUGCAGGAUAUUAGACACUAAUGGAUUCUGCUUGUAAACCUGCCAAUAAAAGCACUAUUUUUUUA